CCGGUUAUGGGGAUGUCGUUCAUUAUUUAACACAGACUUAGAUAUACUCUUUUAUUCUUUAAAUCAUAAGAAUAGAAUACUAUUAAAAACAAUAUAUUAUAUCUAUGUUUUUUCGUAAAGUUAGUUGAUGAUAACAAAAGUAUGAAUGAUAAUAGCUCUUAAAAUGAUUCCGGCCAUUGAAAACGAUAAAAAUGUUAGCGGAAAAUUAUUCAUGUGGUUGAGUAAUAAAAUUCUCAUACAAAUUGUAAAUAAAAUUUUUGUAUUUAUAUACAUUACUCAUAUAUUAUUUCUUCAAAAUUAUAUUAACGCGUUAUACGCCGAUUCCAGUUUAAUUUUACUUAAAAUGUUACCUUGUUGGUUUAAUUUAUAGGUUUAAAAUAUAACAAAUUAUUGCAUUUUGAAGAAUUUCCAAGGCAAAUAAUUAGAAAUGAACUCAUCUAAAAGUCCAUGCGUUUUGCUAACAGGUGGUGCUGGGUAUGUUGGUAGUCAUACAAUUAUACCAUUAAUUGAAUCCGGGUAUGAGGUGGUGGUUUUAGAUAAUUUAUCUAAUGCAUGCAAAGGAGACGAAGGACAAAAACCAGUACCAAUUACAAAAGUUGAAGAAAUUGUUGGAAAACAAGUGACAUUUUAUAAUGUUGAUUUAUUAGAUUAUAACUCAGUUGCACAAAUCUUCGAUAAGCAUGAUAUUUCUUGUGUUAUUCAUUUUGCUGGCUUAAAAGCUGUAGGCGAAUCGUGCGUAAUUCCAUUAACAUAUUAUCGAGUUAAUGUAUCUGGAUCCAUAAAUUUAUUUGAGAUAAUGAAAGCUCACAAUGUUAAAAAACUAGUGUUUUCAUCUUCAUCUACAGUUUAUGGAGAACCGAAAUUUUUACCAAUUACUGAAUCACAUUCUGUAGGACAAAAUUUGCUUAAUGGGUAUGCAAAAUCUAAAUAUUAUAUUGAAGGGAUUUUACAAGAUUUAUGUAAUUCAGAUAAAGAAUGGAAUGUUAUUAUUUUAAGAUAUUUCAACCCUGUUGGAGCUCAUCCAUCAGGACAAUUAGGUGAAGAUCCUACUGGAAUACCUAAUAAUCUAAUGCCAUUUGUUGCUCAAGUGGCUGUUGGUAAUCGACCUUGUUUAAAAGUGUUUGGCAAUGAUUAUGAUACAAUAGAUGGAACUGGUGUAAGAGAUUACUUGCAUAUCAUGGAUCUUGCUGAUGGACAUGUCAGCGCCGUUAAAAAAAUAGAAACGAAUAGUGUAAAUGGAGCAGUAGCAAUUAAUUUAGGGACGGGAAAUGGUUUUUCUGUAUUACAGGUUAUUGAAACAUUUAGUCAAGUAAGUGGUCGGAAAAUUCCUUAUGAAAUUGUUGGACGUCGUCAAGGGGAUUGUGCUUCUUCAUACUGUGAUGCAUCAUUAGCUAAAUCGUUUUUAGGAUGGGAAGCAAAGAAAACUCUUAAAGAGAUGUGCGAAGAUACUUGGAAAUGGCAAUCUAUGUAUCCUAAAGGAUUCUCCACUGCAAAAUAAAUUUUGUUUACCAAAUUUAAAAUAUUUUAUAAAAAUUUUAGAUUUUGCAUUAAUCAAAAGAAGUGCUGUAAUUUAGUUUGUUUAUUGAUGUUACACUAUAUUAUAUUGUUAAUAAUUUUGCAUAAUUUUAUUAUGUAAUAAUAUUUAAACAAUGGAACUAUUGUCUUUUCCGUAAA